GCUAUUAGAAACAUUACAGCACAAAACAAGUGAGCAAUACUACUAUACUAGUGAGCAAAAUGAGGAUGAAAGCAGUUGUAGUUGUGAUCUUUGUGAUUAGCCUAGCCAUCUCUGUCGCGAAUGCUAAUACUGGGUUUGCUGUUUACCAUACUCAUCGUACUCCAUCGGCAUGCUACGGAAGCCAGGACAAUGGACCAUGGAUAGCAGGGGUAAGCAAUGCCCUAUGGAACGGUAGAGGAGCAUGUGGAAGGUAUUACAGGGUUACUUGUAUUGGAGGAGCUAAUUUGGCUCCUCACCCUUGUAAAGGAGGAAGUGUUACUGUCAAAGUUACUGACUUAUGUUCUAGUUGUGCCGGUGACAUUAACCUUUCUCAAGAAGCUUUCAAUUCCAUUGCUGACCUUCGAGCUGGCAAAAUCCGUGUCCGAUACGACCCAUUAUAAAAAAGUUAUAAGCCUAUGUUGUUGAGAGACUGACGGCACGCCGGCAUCAUGGAAUAAAUAAAGUCUCAUGGUUUAUGCCAUAAUAUAUGAAGCAUUAAGUAAAAAUUAGAGCAUGGUAAUGCUUAAAGUAGAGUUAUAUUAGCAUGUGUGGAUGUGGAGAAGUUAUAAAGCCUUGCCAUAUACAAAUAU